UACCCUUUUAUUAUUUCGAUAUGAGACGUUAGCCGGGACGGCAUGGUUGGUUACGCGCAAUCGGUGGAUGCUGCGAGGGGUUUUGUUGUGUACUUCACGCAGACCGCCGGCAGGGACCAUCAGCCGCCGUUUUGUCCUCUAACGACGAGAUGCAGAACGAGUGAGCAGCGGCACCCCCGCCCAUCCAAACACCGUCCAUAAAAGAUCACACCAGCAGCCAGGGCUCCCUCAGAGUCCGCCGCACCCCACGCAAACCCGCCCGUGUGACGUGCUAAGGUGAAUGUCCAAGAACGAGAGCCCAUCAACCCAAGCUGGAGGCAAACUCUUCUAUUCAUUGGCACGUUUGAAAGACAUCGGCGCUGCGAUUUCAUCGCUACGGAGGCUUAGUCGUUCAGACCCAGCGCGUUAAUUUCCAUGAGGUACUGUGGAAAUGUUUCCAGUCUGGAACAAGGGUUAAUUUUUCAUCUAAAAGCGCCGAUUAUGGGCUGUAUAGGCUCCAAAACAACUAUUGUGGCAGUCGAUACUACCUUACGCGUGGAGUGGAAGGAAGUCAAGUCGGCCGCAGCUCUCUUUCCGCUGGGAAAUACUACGACCUCUCUGGUGCGAAGACUGGUACAGCAGACAUCAAUCGACAGCCCGGACACUGCCGAGGUAAAUGUUGAAGACACUAUUGAAAUGUUACCAAAAUCAAGACGCGCUCUUACUAUUCAGGAGAUUGCUGCACUUGCAAGAUCAUCUUUACACGGUUUUUCCCAGGUGGUGAAAGACCAUGUAACCAAGCCUACAGCCAUGGCUCAGGGUCGGGUUGCUCAUCUCAUCGAGUGGAAAGGUUGGUGUAAGCCAAUGGAGUCGCCGAUGACUCUCGAGAUUGAUUUCAAUUCCUACUCCGACUUAAGCGAAGGUGAACAGGAAGCACGAUUUGCAGCAGGUGUGGCGGAACAGUUUGAAAUUGCAGAGGCUAAACUGAAAGCAUGGUCGUCUGUCGAUGGUGAUGAGUCAAAUGAUGAUUCGUAUGAUGAAGAUUUUGUACCAACUACUGACAGCACACAAACAGCUGAUCAAGCAGGACAGCACCCACAAGUGAGUUAUUCAAGAGACAGGCUGCACAGUCACUUGUGCCAACUUACAGUGCGGCAGACAUCAUGUGAACAGGAAAGUGAGUCCUCCCAGACUGUCUCCCCAGAGACCCUUUGUUCAAGUCUGUGCAGUCUGGAGGACCAUCCUUUGCUCAAAAUGGAGCUGGGGACCCCGACCGAAUUAGCUGCAAAACUGUUUGGCCAGAUCGGUGCAAUGCCCGGUCAUCAGGAUGUGAUUUCUCAGCUGCACCCAAACGGAAACACUGAAUGUGCCUUUAGGAACCUUAUCUGCGAGGACUCCUCUUAUUCUGUGUCUUAUGCUGAAUCUUGUUUUACUCCAGAAGAAGACGAUAUGUCAUGCCAAGACUACAAAAGCAUUUGUAAGAAGGAGGAUGGGGAAUACAAAGGGCGGAGGAAGGUAUCAGACGUUGCUUCCUCAGGUGUAGUAUCUCUGGAUGAGGAUGAUGCUGAAGAUCAAUAAACCCUUGUGACCCUGGCAUGCAUUUCUUUCUUUGAUACUGGUCUUUAGGCGUCCACACAAUCGCUCUGUAUUUUGUAAAAGACUACCCCUUCGCACAAAUAAUUGCCUGAGGUUUGGUGCAAAAGUCCAAGCACUUCACAGGUUUGCAUGCUAUGAGGUGCUGAAAGGAACUGUUUGCUGAAAUGUUCUUAGCACGGUAUGUAGCUCAAGCUUUGAGAACUUUUCAUACUGGAUCUUUAAAUUACAUGCUACGUUACUUUUUCUUGCUGGAAAGCACUCUGCAGUCUCAACGGCAUGGCUACGUCUUGUGUUAAAAUGGCCAAAUUAUAAUCUUCAUACAAGAUUAAACAGCUGCUGGAAUGUUCUUAAAAACAGACAUGCAAUGUCUUUUUAAAAAUAUUUCACCUGAGAGGUAUUUGCUUUUAACCUACUAGUUUUCUACCAUUCAACAUACUAUAAUCUGACAAAUAAUUAAUUUUCAAUGGUCUAAUGAAACACAUUAAAGUGUCUAAAUCUUUUAAAUUCCCACAGUUGAAUCCUCUAAUUUUGGAUAAAAUAGUUUCCACUGAUGCAGUAAAGGAAAAGUGCAUUAUGGUUCAAAUUUUAUAUUUUUGUAUUUGUGUCUGCAUCUUGUGAGGUAUUGCUGUAAAUUAGAUUGCACGGGGCUUCAGUGCUGUUGCUGUAGGAUAUUUCUUUGUUAUCACUGUGUGAUAUCGUCUACAAACAAAAAUACUGUGGUAUUACUGACUUUCAUAAUCAUGCUGUUUAAAUUGCAAGUGUUUCAACAAACAUCUGCAUAAAACUAAUACAGAAACCCUCCCACUCCAAUAAAAGCCACCUCACAGCCUGAAAUACUGAUCGGUGAGACUCGCAAUCACUUUCUGUAAAAUUCAGAAAAGUUCACCAGUAAAUUCUCUCUCGACAUGACUUGCUGUGAAAACUCUAAACAAUGAAACAUGGUGCAGUUUUUUCUUUACCACUCCAUUCAGAACGGUCCACUAUUACAGUAUCCAGGGCUCUCAUUUUCAGAUCACAUACUUGCAUGUAAGGAAGACUUUAGUUGAUGACAGUCCUCUGCCUGUAGCUUUUUUUGUGUUGUUGAUGCUCCCUUGGCAUGAUAAUGGAUUGGCUAUGGAAAGAAAACUCCCCAUGCAAUGUUUCUUCUUGCUUAUGGCUGUUUUCCUGCAAUUUGCUUCAGUCAUGGCUUUGCUAGACCUCAUAAGCAAAAGUUCUAUUAUUUGACUGGGUCUAGCAUUUUAUUUGGAUAUGUUUGUAGAUACUCUAAUUUUCACAAGAAACAUCAUCUGCUUCGAUUAUGUACUAAAACAUUUCCAAUACUUCAUGCGCUCUCUGAAUAUACUCUAUCUUCUCCAGAAUACUGAAAUAACAUGGUUAGUUUCUGUUCUUGCUUGAAAAACGUUUUAAGAGAAGCGUAUGGUACCAUUUGGGAAAAACAUAAAAACUGAGCAACAUUAAAAGAUCAGUCUCUACAAUUAGAAAAACUGUUAAUCAAUCACUUUUCAGUCAUGGACAUUUAAUGAUAUUGCCUGUUUGUUUUGGAUGUGUAUGAGUCUGCAACUAAGGAUAUGCUAGUCCUUGUUAAAGUCAUUGGAUUUAGCACAGGGCACUUCUGCUUUGUGCAUCUAAGAAACCUUGCUGAAUAAACCACUUCAAAUGAUUUUUCACGCUGAUUAGCAUAGGAUGCAGACCUCUCCAAUUACAAGCUUUGCCAAAAUAUUUUCAUCUCUCUAAAGGUUUUAAAAAUUCCCAGUUUAAUGGAAGAUGCCACUGUGAAUGUUCUGAUGAAAUCUAUUUGCACUCAUUUAUUUUGUAAAAUUGUACAUGUAUGAUGCAGUACUGUUCUUUAGGAAAUAAUGUCUUCUUUUGUCUAUCAUUUUCUUUGUUAUAGCAA